AUGGCUACCGUCAACACCCAAGCACCGCAGACCGUGCACCCCAACACCCACGUCGGUUUCGACAGCAUCACCUCCCAGAUCGAGAAGAAGCUGUUGAAGCGUGGGUUCCAAUUCAACGUGAUCUGCGUUGGACAAACCGGCCUGGGUAAGUCCACGCUCAUCAACACCAUUUUCGCCUCGCACCUCCUCGACAGCAAAGGCCGCCUGGCCCCCGACGAGCCGAUCCGCAGCACCACCGACAUCCAGACCGUCUCCCACAUCGUCGAAGAGAAUGGCGUGCGCCUCCGCUUGAACAUCGUCGAUACCCCGGGCUACGGCGACCUGAUCAACAAUGACCGCUGCUGGGACCCCAUCGUCAAGUACAUCAAGGACCAGCACAGCGCGUAUCUGCGCAAGGAAUUGACCGCCCAGCGUGAGCGGUACUUGCAAGACACCCGGAUCCACUGCUGCCUGUUCUUCAUCCAGCCGUCCGGCCACGCGUUGAAGCCCAUCGACAUCGUGGUGCUGAAGAAGCUGUCCGAGUUCGUCAACGUCGUGCCCGUCAUUGCGAAGAGCGAUAGCUUGACGUUGGAGGAGCGCCAGGCCUUCAAGGAGAGGAUACGAGAGGAGUUCACGUUCCACAAUGUGCGCAUGUAUCCGUACGAGAACGAGGAGUACGACCACGAGGAAGUAGUUCUCAACCAGCAGAUCAAGAGCAUGAUCCCGUUUGCCGUCGUCGGCUCGGAAAAGACCAUUGUUGUCGGAGGCAAGCAGGUGCGCGGUCGUCAGAACCGCUGGGGUGUCAUCAACGUCGAGGACGAGUCUCACUGCGAAUUCGUCUACCUCCGCGACUUCCUCCUCCGCACCCACCUCCAGGAUCUCAUUGAGACCACCUCGCAAAUCCACUACGAGUCCUUCCGCGCCAAGCAGCUGCUGGCCCUCAAGGAGAGCAGCGCCGUCGGCCACUCCGGCAGCCGCCCCAUAUCCCCCUCGGCCGACCGCGAGCUGAGCCGGAACUCGCAGCGCAUGACCAUGUCGAACGGCUACUAA